AUGGGUAUGAUGGCAGCUACUAUUGGCCGAUUUGUUAAUGGCUGUGGGCAGGGCAUUGUGCAGACUUCCGGUUCAGUUAUGCUCACGGAGCUGCCUCCACAAAAGCGAGGCAUUGCACUAGCCACGCUGACUGUGUGGGCGUGUCUGGGCGAAUUGGCUGGUAUGGUGAUAUCACUGGAAGAGCUUCUUGGACGGCCAUCUACUUGGCAUAUUGCUAUGGGUGUUCCACUACUGCUUCUUAUUCCUGCACUCUGUAUUCUUGCACGUGCACCUCAGAGCCCUCGAUAUCUCGUAUUAGAAAAUCGCGAAGAAGAAGCGCGAAAGUCGAUGUUGUUUUACCAGCAUACGGAGAGCACUGAUGAGAAUGGUAACGCCAAAAAGGAGGAUAAACCGGCAGCACCCGAUUCGCAGAUGUCAACAUUCGCUCUGGCUAAAGAAAGAUUCAAGAACGGCCAAUUCGUGAGACCCCUCCUUUUGGCACUAUUUGUGCAGAGCUUCGUCCAUCUUGAUGACUGGGUU